GGCAGGUGUCAUUAGUUGAGGGAAGCUCGCGCAGCGGCGGAGCGAGCGUCAACUGCUCAUACAGGUCGGACCAGCUUGUGACAUCUGGGCGUGAGAGGACCAUGCGUGCCCGAGCUGAGGAGUUUGCCUUGUUUUAGAGCCUGGCUCCACCGAACGUAUUUGAAGAAGGACAGAAGCUCACGGACUCGGAUAUAAGUAUUUUAGGUCUGAUGCUUCCUGCUGUCACAAUGGAAACGGAGGCCAGUCACAUGCUGGAAGCUGCGUUGGAGCAGAUGGACGACAUCAUUGCAGGUUCAAGGGCAGCAGCGAUGGAGUUUUCCAGUACCGUGUACGAUCUGGGUUCUCCUGUCAGCGCCGGUCCGCUGCAGGUCGUCCAGUUAGCCGAGGAGCUCAAACUUGCUCUGGAGGUUCAGCCCAAUCAGGAGGAGAGAGACAAUCUCAGAGCUCAGCUGCCUCCAGAAACGGCACAGGCUCUCAUCGAUUGGCUGCAGACUGGAAGUGUGAGCCUCUGUACUCCAGCCAACAAUGAAACCUAUCAGGAACGACUACUUCGACUAGAAGGAGACAAAGAAUCUCUGGUGCUGCAGGUAAGCGUUUUGACGGACCAAGUUGAGGCUCAGGGAGAGAAAAUCAGAGACUUGGAGACUUCUUUGGAAGAGCAUCGACAGAAAUUGGCUUCCACAGAGGAGAUGCUGCAACAGGAGCUGAGGAGCAGGACUUCUCUGGAGACCCAGAAGCUGGAUCUAAUGGAUGAAGUGUCCUACCUGAAGCUGAAGCUGGUCACCAUGGAGGAAACACAAACCAACACAAACCCUCAGGAUGCUGCAAAUGCAAAGAACAACAAAGCUGAGUGUGUGGUAAAUCUCAUCAGUGAGCUCCAGGAGCAGAUGUGCAAGUUUCAGGAGGAGAUCAGCACUCGCAUCCAGGAGAAACGAGCCCUUGARGAGAAGGAAGCCCAACAGGGGGACCCAAGUGGCAACCCAGUUCAGAGCGCCGAUCCUAAUGCUGGGUCAAACUCGAGCUCUGCUUCGCUGAAACACAGUGGAGAAAGACAGACUGUGCAUGAUUUGCUUCAAGAAGUCAAGCAGCUGACGAGCAAAGUGCAGGAGCUGGAGGGAGAAAAGASCCAGUACGAGAKGAAACUCAGGGCCACCAAGCUCUCCAUCUCUUACUCUCUCCAUGUGUGUUACCAGUCGCUCAUGACCCAGCUGUCCAGCCUCAAGCUGACUGUGGAGCACACACAGCUGGAGAAGCAGCACUGGGAGGAGCGCUGGCGCAGCGCACAGGCAGAAAUAUCAGAGCUGCAGCAGCUUUUGGUCUCUAAAGACACAGAGAUCGAGUGCUUGCAGACCCAGCUGCUGGCCAGAGGCGGCACCGCCAACAACAACGCAGAGAGAGAGGAGGUGUAUAUCAAGCAGCUGAUUAGCAAAUACCAAGAAUACCAGAGGCUGAAGGUGGGGAUGGAGUCUUUGUUGGCUUCAAAUGAUGAAAAGGAUCGACGUAUAGAGGAGCUGACUAUCCUGCUUGGUCAAUACAGAAAAGUGAGGGAAAUKAUGUCACUUACACAUGGAAGCAGUGAAGAGGAGCUGAGUGGCAGCUUGAAGUUAAAAGCCAUCACACAUAAAGCUCAUUCUGAUAUCAUCAGAUCAGAGAUGUCAUCAAGGGGAUCUUCUCCACUCAUGCUGUGUCCAUCUCCCUUUCAGAGAGAACUUGAUUCAAGUUUCCAGAACUCUAUGGAAACUUCGUUGGUGACUACUGGUGAUGCAAGUUUCUUAAAUGGAUCAUUGCAUCGACACAGAUUACUCUCCAGCAGUCUCGAAGAGUUGCAAAGUGGAUGUUUUCAAAAGGCUGGAGUGAUCCAGCUAGCUGAAACUGAAUCAGACGUAGGGGCAGAGAGUCCACAAAUGGAGCCGAGCAAGUACCAAACUCUGCCAGGAAAACUGAGUAAAAAGAAAGAACCUAAGGAUGUGCUAAACUGCACCAGAGGCAGAGAGACGGAGUAUUUAUCUCCUGUCCAGCUCUCCCCUGCCCACAACCACAGCAAAGACUACACCCUGGUUCGGUGCAGGAGUGCCAGCGCACCAGCUUUAGGAUCUCCAGGGAAACAUGACCUCUGUGAUGUUGACCACGCAGGGAAACUGGAAGAGUGUAUGCUGUCAGAUCAGUCCCCGCUGUCCUCUGGAGUGGACUCUGGACAACAGUCACCUGUCUCACCAGAGAAAAGGAAGAGUCACAGAGGCAUUAAGAAAUUCUGGGGAAGAAUUCGUCGCAGUCAGUCGGGCAGCCCAGUUCAGGUUCACGAUCCGGAGAUGGGAGACUUCAAGAGGGGAGGCUUCCGAGCUACAGCUGGGCCGAGACUGGCCCGUUCAGGGAAAGCACGAGAUCUCAAGUUGCCAUUUUCUAAGUGGAGCACGGAACAGGUUUGCGACUGGCUCGAGGACAUCGGGCUUGGUCAGUAUGGCCUUCUCGCUCACCACUGGGUCAGCAGUGGUCAGACUCUKCUGGCRGCCACCCCACAUGACCUAGAGAAGGAGCUAGCGAUCAAGAAUCCACUCCACAGGAAGAAGCUCCAGCUGUCCUUAAAGAGYAUCUGCAGCAAACAGCCAGAAAAAUCUGCAGAGCUCGAUUAUGUUUGGGUCACUCGUUGGCUUGAUGACAUCGGYCUCCCUCAGUACAAAGAUCAGUUUAAUGAUGGUAGAGUGGAUGGACAGAUGCUGCAGUACCUCACUGUGAAUGAUCUGUUGUUUCUCAAAGUCACCAGCCAGCUGCAUCAUCUCAGCAUCAAGUGUGCCAUUCAUGUUCUUCAUGUCAACAGAUUUAACCCAAACUGCCUUAAACGCAGACCUGGAAAUGAGAAUGAGUUCAGCCCCAGCGAAGUGGUGCAGUGGUCCAAYCACCGGGUCAUGGAGUGGCUGAGGUCUGUGGACCUGGCCGAGUACGCGCCCAACCUGAGGGGCAGCGGUGUACACGGAGGGCUGAUAAUGUUGGAACCUCGGUUUAACUCCGACACAAUGGCCAUGCUGCUGAACAUCUCUCCUCAAAAAACGCUGCUGAGGCGCCACUUGAACACCAACUUCAAUAACCUGGUGGGAGUUCAGGCUCAGCAGGAGAAGAGGGAGUACACCGAAGCAGCAGGAUAUUCCCCACUCAGCAUCACAGCUAAAGUCAAGCCAAAGAAGUUGGGCUUUUCUCACCUGACAAACCUGAGGAGGAGACGGCCGGACGAGUCCACAGACUACGUCUGUCCCAUAGAGACUUCGUCGCCCGAGUCAGGACAGUUGGUGGCCAACGGGGUGCAGAUGUGUCCGUACGCCGGCUUUAGAGGUCUGAGUCCCAUUCUGGACCGAGAGCCCACCCGGGACCAGAUGGUGAAAGCAGAGAGCACCAUUUUACAAAUAGAAGCUUUGUCUGAAAGCAUCAACAACCUCACAGUAAGCCCCAACACACACAAGCUGCUGGUUAAUGACUCCUGCAGCUCGCUGCUUAUUGUCUGCAGGAGCAGAAGCUCAAAUCUUUCAGAUGGAAACUUCUGCUGAUUAUUUGAAAUAUAUAUAUAUAUAGAUCAGCAGAAUGACAAUAAAACUGAGAAAAUAAGACACUAGCAUCAUUUCUACAAGAAAACAAUGUGGUACUUUCUUUUAGCUGACGACAGCCACCUGUGGUUCUUUUGCUUUGGUUGUUUUAGAUCAUAAACAGCCUUGAUGAAGCUUUGACACCUUGAAAAUUUGAGCAAUCGCCACAACAAAAACGCUCAUUUCACAUUUUAGUCAAAAAUUAGGCCAUUGCUAAAAUAAUUUUGUUUGUGUGACUGAUUUGGGAUCAGUUCAAAUUUAUUAGACUUUCUUGUUAUCUUAAGUGAUUUUGAUCAACAAUUCUCCAGUUUUCCUUUGGAUUUUGGCCACUUUUUACACCUUGUUGAUUGGUGUGUGUUUAAGAAAGAAAAACACUAUUCAUGAAAUGGAACAGAAUAGAUAAUGUAGUCAUUAUGUAGUCAGAUUUCUUUUAGACACAUUCACAAUAUUUUGAGGGUUACAGGUAGAAAUGUGUUUAUGCACUGAAAAUAUACUCCACUUUCUGUAAAUGCAGUGUAAAUGUUGCAACAUUAAUCCAAUAACAUCACUUAAUCUCGUGCUUUUCUAUGCAGACACUCCGUUUGUACUGAUGAAUAUUAACUCACCAUGUCAUGCUAAAUGCUUAAUGUGAGUGAAGCCAGGAGAACCCUUGUCUGAAAACAGUCAAAAUGUGCUUCCUUUGUUCGUACCGAAACCCAAAUGAAAGUGUUUUUAAACACCAACACAAAUGCCAAGAUAAGUGAACAUUGGGACAGCUUUAGAAUUUGAAUGCAAACAAUGCUCAUAGUUUUUCUAAUUGUAUUUCGCUUGUUAACAUACCUCAACAAGUAGCAAAUUCCACUGGUUUUCUGACUUGCAACCAGAAAAAGAUGACAGUUGGCUUUUCUUUACAAAAUGGAAAGAGAAAUGCACAUCAGUGAGGAACCAUGAAUUUGUACAGAGAUGGUAGUUGCUUCUUUUGCAGUCUCAGUGAAAUCUCUCUAGAACCUGAUUGCAAAAAAGGCAAUGUAAUUUUAUUUUUAUUGAAAAACAGUUUUUGAGUCGUACGAGUGACCCAAAUCUUUCUCUUUACAAAUGUUUCGUCAAACAAAUGAACUUGCAUUAAAGGAAAAAAAAAAUUUGAUCAGUGCUCUAAAAAUGCAUAAGCUGAUCCCGACUCGGUUGCAAACGCUAAGCCCAGCCUGUCUGAUGCUUUCCCACACACCCAUGAUGCUUUGCCUGCAGUACCUGCUGAGCCAGGACGAGCUGCGGAGGGAGCUGAGGCGGUCACAAACGGCGCUGGUGUGAGGGGACGAACGCUCCGGCGCCAUCGGCUUACCAGACCCGCAGCCGGCUCGGCCACGCGGGCCUAACACUGCAGCGUGGAGCCGGUCCCGCUCACUUCCUGUAACCACUGCUACCUCAUGUAACACCUGCAGUCCUUCUGUGGACACAGAGAAACUGGAAACACAGGCUGAUUCAAACACCUUUGGAUGCCAGCGAAGAGUCACGGCUUCUUGCAAGCAUUUAAACGAUUUUUUAACUGCUUUCCGAUUUUAACUAUGCAAUGCAGCCUUUGUUAAUAUGUGUAUAUAUUGUGUUAUUUAUACUGACCACUGCGAUGUGUACAUUUUUUGUUGGUUCAUUAGAGGAAAUACAGGUCAGUUAAAGAGGAAUCUGAUGAGAUUAAGAUAGACAAAAAGCAGAUUUCAAUUAAAACAAAGACUCAAUGCCUAAAACUACCCACAAUAAACAUCAGUUUGUUGAAAUUUGA